AUGUUGUUGGACCCUCUUAAUACCCCUCGUACGGGACGAACCCUUCGAGGUGUUUAUUCAAAUGGCAGAUUACGCUGUUCGUUGCAUGGAGGAUGCUUCAAUGUGAUAACUGGCAACGUUGAAGAAUAUCCUGCACUCGAUAACCUGUACGCGUAUGACGUGAAAGAUUAUGACGGCAAUCUUGUGAUCAACACAACUGAAUACCAGCUUGCACAAACGAGAAGAACCAGGAAGUCUCUGAUCAAAGAGCUAAGCAAUGAAGAUCCCAUCGUAGUAGUUGGAGCAGGUAUAAGUGCAGCUACUUUUGUGGAACAAGCAAGAGUAAACGGAUGUGUUACACCAAUUACAAUGAUCACUCAGGAGUAUCUUCCGCAGUACGAUCCUAAGGAGCCUAAUAAGAUGCCUUUCAUACAAGAUAUUGCACUUCGUGAUGACGACUACUACAAAGAAAAUCAAAUCAAAAUUCUGAGAGAGAUUCAUGUAAGAGCGCAAUUACCUCACAUUGCAAUUAUUGGAAAAAUGUAA